GGGCCAAAGCCCACCGGGCGCCGCCACUUGGCUGGUGGGGUCGGUUGCUCCGCGCGCCGGGUUUUAAAAACCACCGAGAGCUGAGCGUGCGGGGCCGAAUCGGGUUUCCAGGUAGGAUAGGACCCCGGUGGCACCCUGAAGUUUGGAGAAGGCAGGAAGUUCCAAGUUUUCGGUCUGCGAGGGCCGGGCCGCCUAGAGGCGAGUUGGCCGUCGGCCUCCAUUGCGCCCUUGCCGAGGGGACAGCUGAAGGAGACCGUCCUGCGACCUUCCGGAGGACAGACCCGACAGGACCCCGGGGACCAACUUCAUCGGCAGGAGGAAGCCGAAGCGACGAUCUCUAGGGGUGUUCUAUUCGCGCUGGUGUCUCCGAAAGCCUCUUGUUCUCCGCGAGGCGCCUGGUAGGGUGGGCCUAAGACCUGCUGGUGAGUGGGGUCAAAGGGGAGCCCCGACCUCCAGGGGGCGGCUUCCAGGUCCCGCGCCGGGCGCACAGCCAGGCACACCUGUGGGGAACGGAGCGCCGCCUGCAUACCCAGUCCGGCCCCUCCGCGGUUGCUGCACAUUCAAUCCCGAGGCGGCCUCGUCCCGAAGCCGGCUCUGGACCCCGCAUCCUCCUCCCACUCCGCCCGAAACAGCAGCAGCUAAAACCCGGAGUCUGCCAAGUGGACCUUCACUCUCCUCUCCAGCCUGCCCGGGGCGGACUCGGGGCGCAAGGCCAAGCGAGCCCCGCGCUCCUUCCGGCAGCACGAUGCGCUGAAUCUACAGGAUAGUCCUGAGCCGGGGAACGCGACUCGGACAAGUCCCCAGGCGCGACGGCGUCAUGGAGGCCUCAGGGGCGCAGCUCCUAAGUUUGGAGGCGCCGGGCCCCGCGCCCUUCGGAGAGCCCCCGCCGGCUGAGGAGCUGCCCGCCCUGGAGGGCCUCUGCCUGAGGAGUGGCGAUGACAGCAAAAGCCUCUCUGAGGCCCUGGGCCCCGACGCUCAGCCUGGAGCCAGCACCCUGACCCCGGAGGAAGAGGCCGCCCUCCGGGAGCAGGAGGAGCUGCUGGAAUGCCGCCGCCGCAGCCGCGCGCGCUCCUUCUCGCUGCCCGCCCACCCCAUCUUGCAGGCGGCCAAGUUAUUGCAGCCGCUGCCUCAGGCCGAGGGGUUGGGCACGGAGGGCGGCGAGUGUGCCGGGGCCAGCGCCGAGCCGUCCAGCCCUGGCGGCUGCUGCACCAAGUGCAAGAAGCGGGUGCAGUUCGCAGACGCGCUGGGGCUGAGCCUGGCCAGCGUGAAGCACUUCAGUGAGGCUGAGGAGCCGCAGGUGCCUCCCGCCGCGCUCGCCCGCCUCCGGAGCUUCCCCAUGUGCGCAGAGGACCUGCAGCAGCUCGAGGACCUGCUGGCCGCCGCGGCGGCGGCGGCGGCGGUGAAGGUGGCCGCGCCCCCGUCAGCGCCCGCCCCGCCCCGGCUCCAGCCGCUUUUUCAGCUCCCGGAGCCUCGAGCCGCAGUCGAACGCCUGCGGCGGCAGCGCGUAUGCCUGGAGCGUGUGGACUGCUCGGCGCCCUGGGGUGCGGAGGUGACAGGCUCAGGCCGGGUGCUCGGCGGUCCCGGGCCGAAGGCCGUGACUGUGCGAUACACUUUCACCGAGUGGCGUUCCUUCCUGGACGUGCCUGCCGAACUGCAGCCCAAGCCGGAGGAGCCUCAGCUGCCAGAGGCGUCGUCGGGGGUCGCCAGGCCGGAACCCGGGCCCGGGGAUGGCGAGGAGGAGCCGGGCGCCCAGCGCUUCCAUUUCUCUCUAUGCCUGCCGCCGGGUCUUCUGUCUGAGGACCGGGGGGACGCGGACGCGUCGGCAUCGGCUGUCCACUUCGCAGUGCGCUACCGCUGCGCGCAGGGCGAGUACUGGGACAACAACUCCGGCAUCAACUACACACUACGCUUCGCGCGCCCGACGGACGCGCUCUAAGCACAGAGGCCCACACAUGGGCCCCGCGCCAGCCCCAGGGGCGCUCGGGGGACGGUGGGAAGUGGCUGGCCAGCGUCCGGUGGCGCCUGUCACCCGGGUGACUAGCGGGCGAUGCUCUGGUGCGUCCCCAACCCCUGGCGGACCUGGCCGUGGGCCUGGCGUCAGGGGAGCGUGGCAGGGAAGAGAGGAAGCCGCUGAGCCGUGAACUCACCCCAGACGGAUCCUGAGAGCGAGAAGAGCUCCAUCCUGCCUCAGCUUGCUGCUCGGUGGGAACUUAGUAGGUGGGGGUCUCCAGAGUUCCUGCCCCGCGUCAAAAUGGGAAGAAACUCCCAAGGCCUCAGCAGUAGUUUUCUCCAAGUAAAUGGCUCCUGACUCCGAUCGCGGCUCCAAGGGCCUUGGGACUUGUUCUCACCCGGAGCCCUCGAGCUUUAGCCCUCGCAGCUUUCUGGAGACCCACAGGAGACGACGAAGCCCCCACCACAGCGCGCAGAGCAAUGCUCCGGGCUGCGGGCGGAGGCGACUGGCCUAUGCACUGAGCCCUACCUCUCAGAGAAAACCCCGGGCAGUGCAGGGUGGAGAACCAGCGUCCUUUUCUCAGCUGUGAUCUGGGAAUUGUUUGCCCAAGCGUGAAGUGAUUUACAACUUGUAUGUUUGUGUACGAAUGUCCUUUAAAAAACUAAAGGCCACUUGCACACUCUUCAACUGCACUUUAUAUUUUAGCCCCCGUGCACUUGGGAGAGGGAGCGCUGUUGUAGCAAUGGGCUGCCGACCUGAAGGUCGGCAUUUCCAACCCACCAUCCGCUCUGCCGGAGAAAGAUGUGGCAGUCUGAUUGCUAACAAUGACAGCCUUGGAAACCCUUUGGGGCAGUUCUACUCUGUCCCACAAGGUCGCUAGGACUCUGAAUCGACUCAAGGGCAACAGGUUUGGUUUGGGCUUGGCACUUGAGAGGCUUGACAUAUGAUCUUGUCAGCUGAUGAGCGAGAUAGCACUUUAAUAAUAGACAGUAUUUCCAAAUUUCCCUUCUAUUCCACCUCUGUGGGGUGGAAGGGCUCAGAUUUCCCAUGCUGGGCAAAAAAAAAAAAAAAAAAGCUUUGUAGAAGGAGCCCCACCCUUAAAAGAAAAUGCCAGGGUAAUUUGGUAGAACUUGGGUGUAUACAGUAAGGGUGGUUUCUGGUGUAGACCAGCACACAAGAGCUGCUGGACUGCUGCUUGUUCAGAGAAACUGGACUCCCAGGUGGCUCUCUGUCCCUCUCAGUGCCCAGCUGGUAAAUGCUGCUCAAUACCAGGUGUGUGUGUUAUGACUGCUGGGCACGGAUGCUGGUGGCUGUGGAAGCCAGGAUGAUGUGGCCAUGGGUAGCCACAGAGUCCCGGUGGGGCCUGAUACAGAGCAGAGUGGUCUGGGUGUGAGGACUUAAUUCCUUCACACUUUGGUCAACCUUUGGUAAUUUAUCUUUUUAUUUUUUUCAAUUUGCAAAUUUCCAGCACAUGGCUAGUGCAAUCAUUUAGUUUUGGAAUGGUAGUCUUUAAAGAGGGCAGCUUCACUCUUGCUUUUUAGAACAGGGGUUUGCAGACUACAGCUCACGGGCCACAUUCAACCUGCAGCCUGUUUUUGUAUGGCUUGUGAGAUAAGAAUGGUUUUUGCAUUUUUAAAUGGUUGGAAAAAGAAUCAAAAGAAGAAUGCUACUUUGUGACACAUGACAAUUAUAUAAAAUUAAAAUUUCAGUGUCCAUAAAUAAAGUUUUAUUCAGACACAGCCAUGGUUAUUUGUUUCUGUACUGUGUAAAGCCGCUUUAGCACCACAAGGCAGAGUUGAAUAGGUGCAAGAGGCCAUACAGGCCCUGAAGCCUGAACUACUUACUGUCUGUUUGUUUACAGAAAGUUUGCCAACCCCUGUUCUAGAGAAGCCCUGAGAGUUAUACUUCAUAAAGCAGUGACUACCAAGACAAGUUAGAUUUUGGUGGAUUUUGCCACUUGAAAUAAACCUCCUUUGGGUCAUACUUUACAAGUGUUUGCAUUACUCUCAGUAAUCUCUUUAGAAGAAAUACUAAGACACCAAAUGUGCAGUUGUAACUAUAUUGGGGAGGGGAAUCUACCUGUUGCCUGAUUUCAUGUAAGAAGUAUUAACAAAUUGGUAAAACUGAAAUACAGCACACAUCUGCUGUAACAGAAAGACCACAAGUGGGUGGCUUUAACAAACAUAAAUUUAUUUUCUCAGUUUAGGAGGCUUGAAGCCCAAAUUGAGAGCGCUGGCACUAGGGAAAAGCUUUCUACCUGUUGGCUCUGGAGGAAGGUCCUUGUCUCUUCAGCUUCUGCUUCCUGGUUCCUUGGAGUCUUGGCAUCUGUUUUACUCCAUCUCUGCUCUGCUUGCUUGUUUCAUCUCCUUUAUAUCUCAAAGAGAUUGACUCAAGAUAUACCCUGCACAAAUCUUGCCUUGUUAACAUAAUAAAGACAACCCAUUCCCAAGUGGGAUUAUAACCACAGACAUAGAGGUUAGGAUUUGCAACACAUAUUUUUUGAGGGCAUAAUUCAGUCUAUAACAUCUGCAUUUCUGGUUAACUACAAAAAGUGUCAGAUAUUUCAGUGCCUCAAGAUGUGCUAUCUUAAGCUAUAAAAAUAUUAAGUUUGAAGUUUGGUUUGGGGAUGUCCCUUCUGACUAGGACAGUGCUUCCCAAAGUGAAUUGGGCAUGGAAAAUUUUCAAAAUGAUAGUUUAUUGAUGGAAAAACACCAGGAGUUAAUGAGUUACAAUUUACACUUGGAGUGAAGCAGACUUAAAAAAUGCUCACCUUGAUGAAAUGAUGAAUGUUUCAUUCACAUAUGCUUAUAAAAACUUAAUAAGAAUAACCAAUUAUUAGACCUAAAUAAUGUUUCUGUCAUUAAAUGCAAAAGAAUCAAGCAUUUUUGUGAAACUUCCAGGUAUUCCUGAGUCUGGUAUACCAUUUCUUUCUUAAAAGUGCAUUAUUGUCUAAUAACACCUAGAUAAAUACACUUCAUAUUUUUCUUAAGCAUUUAUAAGUACAUUGUAGUUUAAAAAUGCCCAUAUUGUAUAUAGCCUAUAACACAGUUGGGAAAUGCUGGUUUAUAGGGUAAUAAUGUGAUUAUUUUGGAUUAUUUAAGAUUAGGAUGAAAUUAGAAGCCCAACGUAAGGAUUAAAAUAGAGAUCCCCCCCUUUUUUUUUUCUGUCUAAUAUCCUUUAAAAUGGUUAACUCAUCAUACCUGGAAUAACAGAUGAUAAGAAAGGCAUUUUUAAGAGGUGCGUACAGCAGAUUUUCUAUUCUUAUAAAACUAUUAUUGAGUUUUAAAAAUAUAUUUUGGAAUUCAAACAAUUUUAAAAGUACUUAUACUGAACAUUGAAUAAGGCGAUUAGGAAGGGAAACCUAGCCUUAUUCUCCCCCAUAAUCUUGCAGAAUUUCUUUUCAAAAGUUCAGAAUUUUGUAAACUAUUUUGAAUAUCCCAGUCUUUCUGCAAAUGGCUACAGCCUUUCAAAGUACUAGAAAUGAUCAUCUUUUAAAUGUCAAUUUAGCUUUACAAAUUGACAAUUUCUCAUUGUAGAUUAAUAGCAAACAUUUUGUAAUGAAACGUGUAAGGACGAUAAAAUAGGUUCUAUUUGCUUUUGAAAAGUUCGUUUCAAAGGAAGGGGCAAUGCUGACUGGAGUGAGGAAGUAUUUAAGAAUGUAUUUCCUGAAAAGAAUUAAAACACACACAUAUACCCAGACCAAAAGCAAAAUUCCAACAACAUAGCUGUUGCUUUUUUGCAAGAGUACUUAGCUGAACUUGAGCAAGUGAGGGCCAUUCUGCUUGAAGAUGUAAUAACUUAAAGGUCUUUCUCUAGCGAUUGAAAACGAAGUUUUGCUCGGCUCACUUCCUGACCCUGACCUCCACCAGACAGGGAGUCUAGUUUUCUUCUUUAUGGGAAGGCGGGGCACCUGGGUCGGGCAGUGUUGAACGAAAUGUGUGUCACUAAGGAGUUUCAGAAGCAGUGGAUAGAAAUGGAGCGAAUGUUUGAAUGGAAUGAAAUUUCCCUUCAUGAAUCUCAGGUUUAUGGAGCAAGGUGGUCAGCUGGUUCCAAGUUCUAACUAGAGAGGCCAAGACCAUGCUCCCAGAGUGGGUGCCAGACUCUAGGCGUCCUCUGAGCCCUUGGGGACACUGCAGAGUCUGUCCACAGGCAUCAACGGUCACAGCUAAGGCAGCAGUCCAGUAUGGCCUGGGGAUGGGGCAGCUGUUAUUGUCAACAAACCUUGAUGGCAGCCUCAGGGGGGAAUGUGCCCUGUCAGGUGGGCGGGCGCUCCAAGCGCUUUCCAUUCUGACCACACCCUCACCUCCUGUGACCUCCCUUCUGCCCUGGCCCAGGCUGAGAGGCUUCCUUGGGAUAGCUGUGAUUCUUGAGACUGUCCCCCACAUCAUGUCAGACGCCACUGAAGCAGAGCCUUUUUGCUCAUUUCACUUGUGAACCUUUGGUGUUAGAUUCUUAAUGCAUCACUUCACAAAUUUUCCAUGUUUCUGCUUUCUCGCACAGUUUUCGCUUGUUUUAGUUUGCUCGACUCGACGGAUAAGUCGUUUUUGUUCCCUGACUCAGUUGCUUGUUUCUUUUCCUAAGGGCUUCAAGGUGGAGCCACUUGGGGCAUUGUGAUCCGUGCCAUGUAGUCUUUGUCAGGAGUGCAAGUGACAGACGUAGGGAGGAACUUUGCUGUUUUCCUUUUCUGUGGAGUCCUGGACUGAAGCAGAUGUGCAUUUUUGGUUGUGGGCACAGGGACAUGGCUUUGUAGGUUAAAAGAGCAGCACUGUGGUAUGUGGUAACUUAACAAGCAACACUGAUAAACUGAGCUGUUUGCAGCCCAACUCUGCCCAGCCAUUUCCUAUGAUGCCAGAGCCUGGAUGGUCUUCCAGGGAUGGGGAAUGUGCUAUUUGUAGUCACUAGGGCAAGGGCUGGCAGCAAGGUGGAACCUGACAGCCCUGGCUCAUCCUAGUGACCCCUCCUUCCCUCCUACAGAGUGGCCAUGGCUACCUUGCAGAUGAGUGGGCAGGUGCUGAGGAGUCUCUGUGAGAGGCUGACCCCGGUUCCUUGUCCAGACGAUGUGGUAGACACAUCUCACUGGCUUUGUCUUCUCGUUACUCUGGACUCACUUUAGCUGGUUGGGGGGAGACUGUGAUCCUUUAAUCCUCUAAGGGCUGGUUAAUAGCGUGCUGCCCUUUGGGUAAACAUGAUAACCUUAGGCCAUUAGAAUUUAAAUACCUUUGAAUAUUUUCAGUAGACUAUAUUUGCAUUGUAUGUGUUUAGUGUCUUGACCUUGCUAGUCUGUGACCAGGCAAAUUUCGGCAAGGAAAAAACAGCCACAUUUCAGCUGAAUGUAGAUUUUUUGAGAUGGCAAAGAUCAAGAGCUUACUUUUAAGAUGUGGUAGUGAGAUUUGCCUAGGGAAUCUAAUGGAAUAGUAAAAGUCUAUUUAAAUAAUGCUUUCAGAGCCAGUUCAACCGGGAAAUCCACAUAUAUACAAACAUUUCUGGUUAAACAAAGGUAUUUUAGAGUAACUUACGCACAUGUAAGGAAAUUGGACCAGUAUAAUUUCUUCCUGAUUGUAUUUAGUAAUUCUCGUUUGUAUUGUUGGCAUUGCUCAGUUCUGUCCUUUGAGACUUGUUACCUGAAGUCAUUUCCCAAGGAGAGUAAACAGCAUCCUAAUGUAUCCUGAAAUGGGAAAUUUGUUCUGAAAAUGUGAAUUGGAUAAAGUGUGAAGGCAGGAAGAUUUUGUGAACUAGGCUUGAAACAUUUAAUCUCCAAGCUGAAAAAUUCAUGAGCACAUCCUGCAGAUGGCUUUUCUACAAAUAGCUACAUGCCUGUUAUGUGGAGGAAGCAUCCACUAAAGCAGAUGAGGAUUUUAUGUUUCAUGAGAAACUGCCUUUAAGAGGGGCCACCUUCAGUGUUCUGUAGAGAGUCUGUGGUUUCACCUCCUCCCUUGAUAUCUUUGGGGAAAGGACUCUUGCUAUCAGGAGAAUGUUCUGUUGCAGUUGAAGCAGCAUCUUUUUAUACCCUAAGUAGGUGAAAGAGGUCACUCUACCCCAAAAAGAGUUAGGUUGUUUAAAAUUUUUACAUUAUUUAAAAAGAUACGUGGUAAAUUUAUAUUCCUAACCACUUUAAAUAACACCAAUCCAUUGGUGUUACUUCCAGACUGGUUAAAGAGUAGCUGUAUUUUCAUGUAUAGGCUUUAGGCAUCUUGUUUUUGCUAUUACACUUUUCAGCCAGAAGACACGAGUCUGUGUGUCACCCAUGUCAAGAUUUAUGUACACAGUUUUAGUGAGGCUCUGUUUGCUGUAUUAAGAUUUUAAAAUUACAAAUGCGAUUGAGUUUGAAGGUUCCAGGAUAUCAAUAGAUACAAAUAUACUUGGAUAUUAAACUUCAGACAAAUACGCAAUAUGUUCUUUUGGAAAAAAAUAACUUAGUGCACGUUUAGAAAGGUUUGUGAGACCCUCUUCCCACAAAAUCCAAACUAGAUAUUGCUUCUGUUACCAGCAUCUUGAAUUAUUUUGGACUAAAAAUGAACUGGUGCAACAUGUCCCUGAAGACUGGAUUUUGGCAGCAGGAGAUAGCACCUUCAAAAUGGAUCGUAGAGAUGCAGACUGUCUGAGGCCACUACCUGCCCCUCCUGAGCACCAAUCGAAAGCCCUGCUGUGAGAAGGCGGAGGGCAUACCUGAGGGCCUGCCUGCUGGCCUGCAGAUGGUUUGUCCUCCCCCAUCACUGCAAACCUGGCCUGGCUGAAGUGCAGCGGGUGGCAGGUGUGAGAAUUGAGGGCAGUAGCUUUUGUGCACACACUUUUGCCUCUGCCACAUCCCAUUGGUUUAGACUCAGGAAAAAUCUCUCUUACAGAGUCAGCCCUGUUUGGAUAAAUAUGGUAGAGCCCAGGGAUUCUGUAAUGAUUCAGCAACGUUUUCUGUAGGCACAUGCCUAAGAGGUGAUGGUGGACACCUGCACUGAAUUCUUCAUUAUGUGAAAGCUGAGGUUGGGAUUAUAGGGCAGGAGACCCAAUUUCAUGUGUAAUGGCUCCCUCUGUGAGUAACAAAUCCAAGUGUGACCUCGUGUUACCCCAGAACCCUCCAUUACUAAGGUCUGUUGCCAUGCCAAGUCAUUUCUUCAUGUCCAAGUCAUUUCUUCAGGGUCUGAAAAUGCAGUUUAGCUUAACUAGGUGUGUGUCUGCAAGUCCAAAGGUUCCCUAGGCUCUCUAGGGGUGUUGCCUGUGCAAGGCUCUGACUUGCCAAUGGGAGCUAAUGAGGUUCCCAGCCACAUCUGGGAGUGGGGUGAGGGUGGGCGCCCAGCGGCCUUCCACUCUUGCUGGCGGUGUCUGCCUCCUAAGCACCCCGAAUGGGCCAGACACCUCUUUAUCAUCUGUGCAGCAGCGGCAAGGGUGGGACACCAUUUUCUACAGUAUGCCUUUAUGUGACUACAUGGAAUUCUUCACAGUUCCUUCUAAUAAUGUGAGAGAAGAUAACCUCGUUGACCUCAGUUUUAAGAGUUGCUUGAGAAAUGUGCUCCAUGGAAUGUUGCGGACAAGUAACAGAUGUCUGCGAAUGUGGUUUUUUACAGUAUUUACUUAAACUGAGAACUACUGUACCCAAACCAGCCCUAGCGUGUCUCCUUGAUUUUUUAAAAAGUUAGUGACAGCUUUGAGGUUUGAAAAUGUCUUCAGCUUUGAGGACUGCUUUUUGCUGUUGUGUUUUUUUUGCACUUUCUGUUUGCCUUUCUGCUGUAUGGUUAUUUUUCUGUACGUGUUUAACCUAAAAAUGGCUGAACCCAAAGUCUUGAUUUGAAUAAAGAAUUUAAAGCAAGUGUCUGGCUUAUUUUGCACUUUAAAACCUAACAUUGAGUCUGGAGACAUUUUUGGUUGUCACAGCUGGGAGAUACUACUGAUAUCUAGUGGGUAGGAGUUAGGGAUACUGCUGAAUAUCAGCAGUACUCAGGACAGCCCACAAAACAAAGAAUUAUAGAGCCCAAAAUGUCGGUAGUGCUGAGGCUGAGAAUCCCUGAGUUAAUAGUCCAGUACCAAUGUUAGUUUCCUGGCUUUGACAGUGCACUAUGGUUAGGUAAUAUAUUGUCAUUGGGGGAAGCUCAAUGAAGGGCUUGUGGGAAGUCUCUGUACUGUUUUUGCAACUUAUGAGCCUUAAACGAUUUCAAAAUAAAAAGUCAUAACAAUAAAAGAUUAGAUUUUAAAAAUCCUAUCACUGGUAAGUAUAUAAAAGCUUGUCAGCCACAACGUUGGUAAAGAAGGAUUCUUAGCUGCCAGGGGGUGGUGGUCUGGCAUGUGGAGGACAUACAGGCGCCAGGUCUGCCUGACCCAGAAUUGACACCAGCUUGGCCCCCCUUGAGCCGUGUGUUGUCAAGUGUAGUGAGCAUGAGUUUCCACACUUGCAAAAGGGGCAGUAAUUCUUCCAUACCCAGAUUGUGAGCAAAGAGAGAAAUGAUCUGUGAAGUGACAAGCAACAUCUUUCUCUUCUCCCUCUGGCUUCUGCCAUUGGUUUUUAAUGAUUUCAUUCUGAAAAUAAACAUUAUCUGGCUUCCUCUGAAGGCAGGAAGAAUAAAUGAAUUUCCUAAUUUGGGGAACAAGUCAUAGUAGCCCGAAAUGUGCCAGUCAGCUAAGCUGUUCCCGUUACCUCG